CUAAAUAAUCAAAAUGUCCCAAUUUCCAACUCCGAUCCGGCUCGCCCAGGCUGUUGGCUUGACUGGAGCCGCAUAUCUAGCCGGAAACAUCUUCGCCUACAGCUUCGCCACGAUCCCAGCCCUCGAAAGUUCCCAGAACAAGCACGGCGCGCCCGCGGCCCUCCUCGCAAAACAAUGGAGCGAGCUGUAUGCCCGAGGCAAAGCGCAGAACCCGCCGAUUGCAGCGGCCACCGCCGCCGCGUUUGCGUACCUUGCCUGGUCGGUGCAUUCGGGGAAAUCGGCAGCUUUGCAGGUUCUUGCGCCCGCGAAUGCGGCGUAUCUGUACAGCGCCGCCGCGGCGCUGACUGUGGGUAUUGUGCCCUGGACUCUUUUCGCAAUGACGAAGACAAAUGAUGCGCUGCAUGAGAGGGCAAAGGAGGUCUUUGUCGUCACGGAAAAGACGGCCGAUGAAGUGAAGGAGUUGUUGGCCAAAUGGAAGGUGCUUAAUGCAAUCCGCGGGUUGUUACCGCUGGUUGGCGGGUUGGUUGGGUUUUUGGCUUUUUGAAUGAUGCAUCAGUAUAGUAAUGAAUGCAA